AUGACUCCCAGUGCCCCCCAGUACCCCUAUAACCCUGUUUCCCAGCGCUUCCCACCGCCCCAGCACCACCCCCACGACUCCCAGUGCCUCCCAGUCCCCACCAGUGUCUCCCGACUGCCCCCCCCCCAGCGCUGCCCGUACUCUCGGGAUUCCUUCCCAGUGCCCUCCAAUGCCCUCGGAAUUCCGUCCCGGUACCCGCUACUGCUGCCCGUGCGCUGGAAACUCCCUCCAGAUUCCCUCCCAGUGCCCCCCAAGUGCCCUCGGCACUCCCUCCCAGCACGGCCCCCGACCCCCUGCGUACCCCCGAACGCUGCCCAGUACCUCCCAACGCCUCCCGGCGACGCCGGUCCCAGCCCCACCGCCGGGGGCUCGCUGCCUGCCAGCCGCAAAUCCCACCCCCCGCCUCCCAUUGGUCCACGGCCCUGCGCGCAGCGCUCCCAUUGGCCAGCUGCGGGGAAGGAGGCGAGCACCUCCCCGCCCUUCGCCCCGCCCCCACCACGUGACGCGCAGCCACAUGACCGCGGCCCCUCCCCCCCUCCCCCCCGGCCCGGGGCCAAGGGCUGGGGCAGGACUCAGCCUCCCCCCCCCGGCCCUAACGGAGCCCCCCCGGCUGGCGGCACCGGCCCUGGCACCACGCUAGGGGUGAGCCCCAGGCCCUCGGGACCGGGCAGCACCCCUGAACCCCGCUAUAACCCCUGA